AACAUAGUAUAUCGCUACAACCCUAGAUCCAGCAACUAAUUUAGGACUUCGUAUAAUUGUGACCCUAUUCAGAGGCAGCGGGGAAGGGUGCAUUGUUUUGCUCAAGAGGCCACUUUGACCGGGCAUGUGCGAUACACAUGUUGACUGUUGAUGUGAUUAACCUUGGGACUAUUUGGCAUGGUGUCUCCUGGUUGCUCUGCAGUCACCUCUCAGCCAGAGCUUUAAAUCUCUCCAUCAUUAUUUCCAAGUCCAGUUUUGGUAGACUUCAGAAUCUCACGAGGAAGUAGUGGUUAUCAGCAAUCCUUUUGUUGUGAAAUAUGCAUUUAUCCACUUCAUUUUGGAGCCACUUUAAUUCAUCGUCACAUCUGCUUAAUUUAGGAUGGUUUUUUUCUAGUUUCUUGUUUGUUUUGAUUUUUACCCAUCAUUUACCCAAUGUUCUUUUCCUGAUAAGUAAGUGGACACCCUCAUGACCGUGCCCUCAUAAAUACCACAUGCUCUGCUCUGAGGCAACCUAGACCUCAGGAAGGGGAGAGGCAAACAUGUUUUUAAAAAUUUUAGAAGUUGUAUGUCACUUUAAAAGAAAAGCAAUGAGCAAUAAAAUGUGCCCGUACAUGCGGUGUACUCAGGGGUUUUGCUGCUACAGCCUGACUUGGUCUGGGAACAACUGUAGCUCAUGGUGGCUAAUGUUAGCCAAUGUUUGCAAACUUAGAAUAGAUAUUGCCGUGUUAGUGACAUAACUGAGGCAGUUUUAACAUUCAUCAAUAUCUUGUAAUUAUGACAUGUUGCCAGCGUUGUUGCUAUUCUGUGACAGAUUUGCUUACUUAAAUGUGAAUUACUGUAAAACCAAAAUGUAUAGCUUCAUGUCGACUUCUUUUGCCACCAGAAAAAGUAUUCUCACAGUUCUAUCUCGCUCAGUAUUCUGUGCUCAGUAAUUUUUUCUCUCAAAGUGCUGUGGAUGAUCAAAUUGAGGCAAAAAUAUCUGAAAGCACAAUUGACAUAAUAAUAGAAUAACUUCAUGUAUUGGAACAACAGAAAGCCAAAUAGUCCUACCCAAGCCAGACAAAAUGAAGGUGAAAUUAAGAUCAAAUUAAAACAAGAAGACAAAAAAUGGCAGAUGCAAAAUGUCAGUAUAAAUAAUUACAAUUAAAUAAGAAUAAAAAGAAUGAAAGUAAUAAAAAGACAAAAUAAAAAUCAGUAAAAAGAUGACAUCACGUAAAAGCAAGUCUAUAGAGUGCUCCAGAGGACGUUUUUCUGUAGGCUGAACUUAGCUUUGCCCUGGUUCCCUCAUCAAAAGCCUGUGGGAUUAUUGCAGAAAAUAAACUCUUUGGCAAACAAACGUUUAUAAUACUUGCACGUUUUGUUCCGCAAGAUAAUGUGCACAAAUGUUCCUGCCAACAGUAAAGUGCUGUAGGCUGUAAAUGACAUACUCUAAGGUGGCAUGAUUUAACAUCCGUGCCACAACGAGGCUGUGAAGCCGUCCGUAUUUGACGUGAUGAUGUUCUGUAAUCUUAUUUAGCCAGUUGUUAGCAACCACCAUUUUUAAAGACACUCAAAAGCUGACAUACUUUAUGUUGUGGAACAAAACGUGAAAGUCUCUCAAGCUUGUGUUAUCCACAGACCUUAUGUCAAGCAUCUAACCAAAAACCUAUUCAAAAACCCAUUGACUUUAAGACGAGGCAACUGGGAGUGUAAACAUGCUAACUUAUUUCAGGGUUUUAGCACUCAUUCCUGGGGCACUCUAUAAAGAUGAGCCUAUCUUUGGAACAGCCAGGAGGGCCCUUCAGGCUGUGAACUGGCUCAUACUGGGACAAGAUUUCUGCUAUGUAGCUUCUAAAGUGAUCAGUAAAAUCUUGAAAUCAAUUCUAAAACAAUCAAGGAGCCAGUGGAGAGAAGGCAGGAUUGAGGUGAUGUGAUGUGAUCAGUUAAAACCAGUAAGAAGCCUUGCUGCUGCCCCAGACAUCCCAGCUGUGUGUUUGUGGACUUUGUGGUGUCUGAGGGUCAGUGUGCAGAGCUGCUGGCUGCUGCGCUGUGGAUUCUUGCACUGAUUAACCAGAUGAUGGCUUCUCUGGCACACUUUGGUUACAGUAUUUUCCAAGCUGCGUGAGGUCACACAAGGUUUUCACAUUUUAUGCUUUUAUGUUCUUUCUCAUAAACAAGGAUGUUCCCAAUAUGCUAAUUUCCCUGAAGUUUAAAUAUUAAAUACUUGGACUAGCUUUCUUGUCUCAAACAAAGAAAACGCCCAGGAAACAGUCAAAAUCUCACACAUUUUUGUCUGAAAAAUAUUGGUUGUAUUUUAACAACCAUUUGAAAUCAUUAAUUUCAUUUUUUAAUAACUAAACAAUAGGGAUGCACAGAAAUGAAAAUUUGUGGCCGAAGCCGAAUAAUAUUAAGCGCUUGGCCAAAUACCGAGUACCGAAUACCGUUGUUUAGUUUUUUAAUUAGUUUUUGCAGAUGAACCCCCUCCAGAUUAGUGUUGGGACCAAAAUUGGGACCCACUGUACGAUACCAAUGAAAAUAUCAUGGUUCUGAGUAGUAUCACGAUACCACAGCGAAAAUGAGACAGAUGUGCCUUUUGUCAUUUAUAAAAAGAUAAAUCACUUUUCUAUAAUACAUCAAUGAUAUUUCAAUGGAAUAAAUUACUUAUUGACUUAUUCAUACUUCAAAAACAGCAUCAAUAAGUGAUUAACAUAGGGGGGAUCAAAAUAAAAUAAAUAAAUAAAAUAAGAAUCAACCAGCCACCCUCCUCCCCUGACAAGUCCCUUCAUAAGUAAAGAACAGUCCCUAAAGUGCGGUGAGGUUUGUGGGCCGUGAACGGCUCGUUUCUCCUCUGACACAUCACGUAUGGUCUGUGUUCGGCUGGCUCGGCUGUUCAGGUACUUCUGGGCAGUCAUGACGCCAAGAAGAGAAUAUUAUUGGAGCCGACUUCUCCGUCGUCGUUAAGCCGAUGGCCGCCAUAAUUGACAGGAAUGCAUUACUGUCUGUGUCUGUGACCCCCGUUCAACCCACAACCGAUGGGAUUCGCCUUUCGUUUCUGCUAGUGGUUGAAAUCUGUAGGCUGCUCGCACAGCGUGCUGAAUGAUUUAAGCCUAUUUUGCUUGCUCAAAACUAUUUUUAGUCGCAAAUGCGAGUGCGGUGAUGGAUGGAUCGCCACACUGCCGACAUUUUACUCCGCCCGUCAAGGCACGCUGAACGCGCCAAACACGGCACUAUUAUUCGGCCUUGCUUUUAACUUAUUCCACCGAAUACCGAAUGUGUGUUUUUUUGCAAUAUUCGGCCGAAUAUAUUCGGUUACUGAAUAUUCGGUGCAUCCCUAAUAAACAGUGUUUUGGUUGAAAUGUGUGGCAUUAUGCCUCAUGAACAUUACACAUUAUCCUACAACACAUAUCAGCAACUCCCUAAAUAGAAGUUUCAGAUGAUACUAGGGCUGUACCCAAAUAUUCGGAUGUUCGAAUAUUCGUUUCUAUGGGUAGGUAUUCGUUAUGAAAAUUUGGUAUUCAAUAUUCGUUUUUUUAUUUACUUUUUUUUUAUUUAUUUAGUUAAAAAAAAAAAAAAAAUUACAUAUUUUUUUGGUGCUAAAUGUAGUCUUUAUGUUGUUGGUAAAUGUAGGUUAUCAAUAAAACAAAUCAAAACUUUUAAAUUGCAUUGUUAAAAAUGUGAAAAUAUAGUAUCUCCUACCAACGGAGCUUGUGCACAGCACGCUUGAGCGCAUCCGUCUGAGGCUGUGGAUCAAUGCCAAGUUUUACCACUUUAUCCCUAUUCCCUCUAACUUGUAGCUGUUUUUUCGUUAUCUUUUGAAUUUAAUAUGAAUUAUGGAACCGUUUUUGUCAACGUUUGUUUCCCCCGUUUUGUACAAUAAAUUAUUGUUUAAAGUUUCAACAAGUUUCUUUUGGAGUGCGUGUUGGAGUGUGUUUUGAAAACGGCCGUGGACUGUCACCUGCUCAACGCAUCACUACCUUCGGACGCCAUGACAGUAAUAGCCAAUAAUGUCAAAAUAUAAUUUACAGACCGAUUUAACAGACGAUCACUGCUGCCCGACCCACAGGUCCAUUUGCGGGACCCGCGGGUUAUGGGUCGACCCGCGCGUCACUGCUCAGCUCAGUCUAUAAAUGCUGUACACAACAGUAGACAUUAUAUUCUAUUCAGGCCGGCAGAACCAGCAGCGCAUCGGCUCUACAGUGCACGGCACUGCUGAUUAACCAUUUUAUUGCAGCACAGAGUGUCUGCCAGCAACCAAUUACUUGCAGAGGCUUCCUACAACUUGUUUCAACGGUUCCGAUUUAAUCAGAAGACAAAUUAAACAGGAUGACUAGCCAAUGUGAAAAUCAAAAGAAAGCAUAGAAUAAUGUACUGAAGGAGACUGUUGUGCCAUCACAUUUUUUUGUGGUUUGAGAGCAAAGAUCCGGUCGCCGCUGUGCAAAACUCCGCAAUACAAUUAGGUCCGAAAAAACCCCGGAGGAGUGCUUCGUUGUUAGUUUCAUUUUGUUUCUGGCAAGUUUAAAUGAGUUGUGUUAAUUUACGCUGAUAAAAUUACUGUUAAUUUGAGGCGUCGGUAGCACAGUGGAUGGUGCCGGCGCCCCAUGUACAAUGACGAUGCCUCCCAGCAGUGGUCGCAGGUUCAACUCCAGCUUGCGGCCAUUUGCUGCAUGUCACCCCCCGCUCGCUCUCUCUCCCCCAUUUCACUCUAUCCUGUACAUUAAAGGCAAAAAGCUUUUAAUGUACAAAAAACCCCCCACUGUUAAUUUAAAUGAAGUCUGGUGGGUUUGAUUAUAGCGAUUUGGGGCUGUUUCUGGUUAAACAAAAAGGAUCUUUACCUGUUUAGAGUCCUUUCCAUAAAUGAUCAGACCAUGGUUGGGUGAUAAAAUGAUCUUGAUAGGGAAAAUCUUAUGUCAAUAAGGAUGAUAAACUUUGUACACUUUUACUUGAUAUGAAUGGAUCUAAGAGCCUAUUGCACAUCAGAAAUAAAUGCAACAACAGUCAGCCAAUCUGCAGCCUCUCUUCUCUCUGCUCUGUGUUGCUGCUGCAGGAGGGCAGAGCAUUUUAAGCAUGCGUUUAGCUAUCUUGUCCUACAUAGGCUAUCCCUGUAUUUGUAAGACAUAAGGUGCUCUCAGGCUGUGUGUGUUUGUUGCUUAAAGUAGAAAAGGAAAUGGUUAGCAUUUUGAUGCAUUUGAUAUAUCAAGUUUUGCUACCAUAAUGCUACUGUUUUGGUUAGGAACAGCUGUGCUUCAUGUUAGAAGCUAAGAUCAGCAGCAAAGAAGGCGAUGACGGUCCUAACAUGCUGAUGUUUACCAGGUCUGUUUACCUUUUUCACUGUUUAAGCUUAGAGUGUUAGGACGCAAGUGUUUGUUAAUUAGCACAUAACAAAAAGUCCAUUAGUUUUACAGAUAUCUGGUGAUAAAUCAAAGUACUUGACACAUUUUAAUUUUGACUUGAUGGUGCUAGACGGGCAGGGUGUGAAAUUAACACCUGCCAAGUGCAAAUGUGGAGGUUGAUUUAUGUUUGGUGAGUAAAUCUCAGAAGACUGUCCACCACACCGGUGGAUAAAUGUUUGUACCAAAAUCGUGUAAUUUAAAAUUAUGCUGUGAGUCUCUACUGCGUUUUGGUGUCAUAAAGAGGCACAAUGUUCUGUUGCUUCCAGGCUGCUCCUGUGCCAUAUAUGUAAUGGUGCCAAUGAAAAAGACCAUCUAGAGUGCUCCUAGUUUUGCGGCACUGUUUUCCAACACUGGACAACUAUUACUUGCCGCUGGUCUGCUGCCAGCUGCCAUUGCACCCGUACUUAUAAAGGUUUCACCUACACUAGAACAUGCAAUAAAGGAACCAGCUGCUUCAUCAUACUCAUCACUGUGAACACAUACAGUUGGUUCCCCCUGACAUGGCCUCCUCCCCUGAGCUGGAUGCUGACUCCUUACCGCUGCUUCAGCUACAGGAGGUGGACUCCAGCAAAUCCUCAGAGAGGCCAAGCUCCCCGGGAAUGUAUAGCACCUCUGUGGAAAUGGACAGCCCCACCAUCUGCAUCCCCUCACCGUACAAGAACAGUAGCCACGAGUACAACCACGGCCAUGGGCCUCUGACCUUCUACGGCCCGUCUGUGCUGAGCUAUGCUAGGCCGCCCAUCACUGACAGCCCAUCAUCUCUGUGCCCCACCCUUAGCCCAUCGGCCUUCUGGCCCUCCCACAGCCACCCCAACAUCCCUUCACUGACUCUGCGCUGCCCUCAGCCUCUCGUCUACAAUGAACCCAGCCCACAUGCAACCUGGCUGGAGCCCAAAACCCACAGCAUCAACGCCAGCAGCUCCAUCAUCAACAGUAACAAGCUGCUGGGGAAGAGAUCAGGGGACGGAGAGGAAGGCGUGAACAACUCCUUGUGUUCAUCCGCAGUGGGGAAAGCCGACAUGCACUUCUGCGCCGUGUGCCACGACUACGCCUCGGGCUACCACUACGGUGUGUGGUCCUGUGAGGGCUGCAAGGCUUUUUUCAAGAGGAGUAUCCAAGGACACAAUGACUACAUCUGCCCCGCCACUAAUCAAUGCACUAUUGACAAGAACCGACGUAAAAGCUGCCAGGCCUGCCGGCUACGUAAAUGCUAUGAAGUGGGCAUGAUGAAGUGCGGUGUAAGGCGUGAACGCUGCAGCUAUCGAGGAGCCAGACACCGCCGUGGUGGACUCCAGCAUCGGGAGCUCACAGGCAAGGGUUUGGCCAGAAUGGGGCCAGGAUCUCAGGCUCAGCGACAUCACCACCUGGAGGCCCCACUCGGCCCUCUCCCUCAGGCCAGCCAUGCACACAAUUUGGUCAUGAGCCCAGAGGAGUUCAUCUCCCGCAUCAUAGAGGCGGAGCCUCCAGAGAUCUACCUCAUGGAGGACAUGCAGAAGCCCUUCACUGAGUCCACCAUGAUGAUGUCCCUCACCAACCUGGCAGACAAGGAGCUGGUUCUCAUGAUCAGCUGGGCGAAAAAGAUCCCUGGCUUCGUAGAGCUGUGUCUAGCUGACCAGAUCCACCUUCUGAAGUGCUGCUGGCUGGAUAUCCUGAUGCUGGGCCUGAUGUGGAGGUCGGUGGAUCAUCCUGGAAAACUCAUCUUCUCUCCAGACUUCAAACUCAGCAGGGAGGAGGGACAGUGUGUGGAGGGCAUCGUGGAGAUUUUCGACAUGCUGCUGGCAGCCACCUCUCGGUUUCGUGAGCUGAAGCUUCAGAGGGAGGAGUACGUCUGUCUGAAGGCAAUGAUUCUCCUUAACUACAAUCUGUGUACGAGCCCCCCCCAGACAGCCGAGGAGCUGGAGAGCAGGAACAAGCUGCUGCGUUUGCUGGACUCCGUGAUCGAUGCUCUGGUCUGGGCCAUUUCCAAACUGGGCCUGUCGACCCAGCAGCAGACUCUGCGCCUUGGACACCUCACCAUGCUGCUCUCCCACAUCCGCCACGUCAGUAACAAAGGCAUGGACCAUCUGUCCUCUAUGAAGAGGAAGAACGUGGUGCUGGUGUACAACCUCCUCCUGGAGAUGCUGGACUCCAGCACGUUCAGCAGCAGUAGCAGUAGUCAACCGUCAUCCUCGCCAAGUUCUGAAUCUUACCCUGACCAGCACCAGCACCAUUUUCCCCAACCCCCGUCUCACCUGCAGCCGGGCUCAGAGCAGACCCUUGCUGACCACACCACUGUGCCUCCACAUGGACCUGCCGAAUCCCAGAUGCUUGACAGACACCUGCAGACUCUGCCCCUCCAGUCCUCUCCUCCUUUUCAGAAUUUAGUGGCGGCUCACAUGGACAGCAACGAUUACAGCCAUCCGAGCGCUGGUCAGUGGAUACAGGAGACGCAGGUCCAUCAGUGGAACCAGUAGACUACAUCAUGGCUGAUCGAGUUGCCAUGGAAACUGCCUGAGAAGGGUGACAGGACUAAAAAAAGACUAAACUGAGACUGAACCCUUAAUGGCUCUCCGUCCCCCAAAGAUCGAGAAGAGGAAGAAAAACACAAAAAAAAGGAUUUUAAAAAGUGCUUUUGUGAGGUAACGUUUUUUUCUCCUGUCGAGAUGUUUUUAGUCUUUGAAAAAAAAAGUUUUGAUCGAAUGUAUAUUUUGCGUGCGUUAAUAUUUCUUGUGAAUGUGCACUACAGUCGGUGUUCACGAGGACAUCGCUGAACCUCUGCCAGUCAGUUCGAGCUCUUUUUUGAUAUACUGUAUUUGUAUCUCGUUUUUCACCUUGGUGUAACGUCAGAACAAACUACGAUCUGCAGUGACUCACAGAAAGGUGCAUGUAGUCAACACGGUUCACGUCCAUUCUCAUAAGGGUUGUUGGUCAUACAGCUAAAAGAAAAAAGGGGGCGGUGUUUUCUAUCACUGUGGUGUUUUUCUCCUUCACUACUUCUGUGUACUUUGGUGUUUUAAUCUGUGCCUGUUCAUCCAGGAUUUUUCUACUCUCUUUGUACAAACACGAUGACUGUUAACACUAGCUUUCUUCUCUGUACAUCUGGUUAAACUAAGGCUGGAUUUACACACUGCAUGUGUGGCACAGAUUUAAUCUAGGAAACACACCUCACCUGUUGGUUUGUGGACUGCUCUGAAGCCUCAGUUUGGCAUUUUGGAUGAGCACCUACACCAUUAUCUGUAUCUGUUCCACAGACUAAAUUAUCUGUAUCCAUUAGGGUUGUCACGAUACUAAAAUUUCAAACUCGAUAUCGAUACCCAGGAAAAUAUUCAAUACUCGAUACCAUUUUCGAUACAGCAGCAAAAAAUUAAGAGGCAUGUCAUUUUUUAAAUAAAGAUCAGAACAGUAACAUCAAUGAUAACAACAAAAAAUCCUCCCAAAAUAAAUAACAACCAGAAACAAGAUCUGUCCAUACAAAUGUAUUUAUCUACAGCCCUGUUUAUUUUCUGUGCUUCUGGUGAAUUGGCACCAUAUUUUCAUUGCUGAUCAAAUAGAGUUGGUAGUUUAGGCUGAGGAUGCUCCUGUUUCUACCUCACUAUGUGAUCAGAGAACCAGGGGUUACGGGAGAAACCAAACGGU